AUGUCCCGGGAUGAGACAGUGUGUAAAUACUGUGGAGUCAGCUAUUUGAUACUUCAUGAAUUUAAGGUGAUGGAAGAAAAAGUAAGAGCAAUGGAAAAGGAGAUUAAAUUUUAUGAAGGAAGUAUAGAGCGGGAGAAAGGACUUCAAGCAGAGUUACAGUCUCUUUACCAAGACCUUGAACACUAUCGAGCUGACAGUGAAUCAAAAACAGAAAGAAUAAAAAACCUAACAGUGGAACUGAAAAACAAGCAGGAUGAAUUUAAAAACGUGAAAGAAGAUUUGAGGUAUUUUCAAGAGGAAAAGGAAGCUGUCUAUAAGCAAUCACAAGUGCUCAGAAACACAUUGGAACACCAUUGCUCGACUCUGAACAAGGCUGUCUCACUGUUUCCUUUCAUUAGAAGUGAACUAGACAGUAUUAAAGAAGUCAUCUCCAGUAAUCUCGAGAACUGGGCUGCCCUGAAAGAAGAAAUUUUUCUACAAAUAAAAACUGUGAGCAAAGAAGCUUUGUCAGAAAUACCCAAAUUGAAUCAAAGAUUAGCAAAAUCCCAGAGAGAGAAUGAGUGCCUACAGGAAAAGGUAAAACAUCUGACGCUGGUGGCCGACACGGUUGAGCUGAAAACUCAACAGCUUCAAACUUCACUUCAGCAAGGGAGUGAGCUACAAAGCAGGUGCCGUGAACUACAAAAGGAAACACUGGAUUUAACAAAUCAAGUGGAGACAAUUGGACUGAAGCUGCAGAAAGUAACAGCUGAAAUGGACCACUACAAAAAGCUGUUAAUGGUCAAAUCAACAGAACUUGAUGUCUGUCAAAAUGAACUGAAAAAAAUGAAAUAUGAAAAUGGAAUUUCUGAGUCAAGACUUACAAAAGAGCUCAAGGAAAAGGAGGAAUCUCUUCUAAUUUGCCAACAAGUGUGCAAACGUUUACAGGAAGAAGUUGCUGAGAAAGAAAGGAAAGAAGAAGAUCUAAAAAGAAGAACCAGUCGAUCAGAAAAUGAACUGGAAACGCUUAAAGCUCUUCUUGGACAAACAGAGGAAGAGGUGGUGAUGUUGAAACAAGAAAGGGAGUUAAUGGUGAUUUCUCAUCAGAACAGAACGGAGCAGCUGCAGGAAACGUUAAGACAGAAGAUGCGGGAUGAAGAUAACUGGAGGGAGAAG